UAAAGUGAAAAAAAAAUUACAUCGGCAAAUUUUUGUAAUGUAAGCGCACAAAUUUUCAUUAAUUUUUAAGGAUCGAAAAAAAAAUUAAAAUUUAUAACUCAAAUUAAAAAAAAAUUAAGGAAAAAUAUAAAAAUAUUUAAAACUAAAGAUCUAUUGUAGUUACACCAUUGCGAAUGUGCUGCAUAAAUUAAGGCAAAAUUAAUUUUUACCAGAAAAUAAAAAAUUCAAAAUACCCCAAGUAAAACUGUUAAAGUUGAAAUUUUUUUUUAAUGUACCCCAAUAAUUCUUAUUUCUUAUUAAAAAGCGGUGAAAUGAAUUUUAAAAAAUAUUUUCAUUUUUACAUUAAAAAAACUUAAAAAAUUAAAAAAAAUUUUUUUUUUGUGGAAAACAAAAUUAACAACAAAAAAAAUAUAUUCAAAUUUUAAAAUAAAAAUUUUAACUGAAAGAAGAAUAAGAAAAAAAAAAUUAAUUUUCAAUAAUUAAUUUUUUUUUUAAUAUAAAAAAAAAAAUUAUUUUUUUGUAUUUUAAAAAAAUAUAACCAAAAAAAAAAGCCGCCAAAAUUGAUCGUGAUACAAGUGCUGGCCGUUUUGUCAAAAUGUCUUUACAGACACGACGGCAACAUUGUUAUUUAUGCGACUUACCUCGCAUGCCAUGGGCAAUGUUAAAUGAAUUUUCAGAGGCUGUAUGCCGUGGAUGUGUUAAUUAUGAAGGACCUGAUCGUAUUGAAUUAGUUUUAGAACAAGCAAGACAACAGAAACGUUUACAUCAAGCUGCAAAACGUUCACAUGAAAAUGGUGAUAUACAACAGCAACAACAAGUUGCUGCAGCUGCUGCUGCUGUUGCUGCACAACAAAGUCAUCGUGUUGUUAGUGCUGCUGCAUUAGGUGCACCAACUGGUACAACAUCACAUCAUCAAACAUAUACAACACAUCGUAUCGGUGGGCCACAAGGUCCAACAUUAAUGGAUUUUACACCAAAAAUGGAACCACAUGAAGCAACAGUAAGACCAGUCAGAAUAUCACAUAUGACACCACAUCAUAAUAUACCAAUGUCAACAAGGCAAAUAGCAUCAGCUGCUGCUGCUGCUGUACAUGGUGGUCAACCAGGUGGUCCAGGUGGUGUUGUUGGUGGACCAUCAGCAGUUGCAUUAUCAGUUAAUUUAAAAAGACCACCACCAGAUGAUGAUGAUCAUACAACUGAUGGUGGUCCAACAUCGGUCGGUUUAAAACGUUCAGCAACUGAAGAAACACCAGUCGGUGGUGUUGGCGGUGUCGGUCGUCCACCGUUAACGCGCGGUGAAUCUCUACCUGCGGUACCGUUUGUACCAGAAAGGCAACCUAGUUUUAAGGACAAACAUCCAGUGAGAGCACCAUCAUUUGAUGCAUCAACAUUUAAGGGUGGCGUUUAUUCAACAAUGCCACUACCACCGAAUACAAUGGGAGAUUCAACCAUAAAUCCUAGUCCCACGUCGCAAAUGCAACGUCCAUCACAACAACAACAACAAUCACAACAGCAAUCACAUCAACAGCAAAUAUCACAUUCUCAUUCAAUAACAUUGCAACAACAGCAACAACAACAUUCGCAGCAUACGCAUGCGCCGCAUUCGCAUUCAUCUUCUCAACAACAACAAUCUCAAUCAAAACAAAAUUCUUCAAUAGUUAAUACACAUCAUAGUAAUUCUUUACAGCAACCUUCAACAGUUUCUAUGACUAUAGCAACAACAACUCAAUCACAAAUAUCAAAAGUUGCAAUGCAACAUUCUCAAACACAACAAUCACAUAAUAAUAAUCAUAAUAAUAAUAAUAAUGUUAUAUCAAAUCAAAUAAAAUCAAAUAGUCAUACGCAAUCUUCUCAACAAUUACAAUCUAUAUCUCAGUCACAAUCACAACAACAUCAACAACCAAAUCCAAUGAUCAAUUUAAUGUCUAUUACAGAAACAUUACCACCAAGUAGCCCAAGAAAUGGUCCAAGUCCACCAGGUCCACCACCACCAAGAACGGCAUCCCGUGGUAGUCAACAUUCUCCCAAUAGUUCAGGAUCAUCAUCAAGUGGAAGAAGAUCAUCUGGUUCCAGGCAUGUAUCAAGUACAACAGUAACCAGUACAGAUGCACAAUCAAAUCCGUCAUCGGUUGGUGUUACUGGCGGUCCACCACAAUCUAUUGGUUCUGCAAAUCCAGUUACUGGUGUUGGAGGUCCUAAUGGUAUAUCUGCACCUGUUGGGCCAACUGGAAAUGUUGGUAAUCCAAAUGUUGCAAAUGGUGCUAAUAAUAAUAAUGCUCCAAAUACUGGUGUACCACAAAACGGACCACCAGAUGGUUCAGUUCCAACAUCUGUUGGUAGCGGUGGAGGUGGUGGUAAUAACGGUCCAACAUCAGCACCAAAUGCAACACUUAAAUGUACCCUAUGUCAAGAAAGAUUAGAAGAUACACAUUUUGUGCAAUGCCCGUCUGUUAAUCAUCAUAAAUUUUGUUUCCCAUGCAGUCGUGAAAGUAUAAAGAGACAAAAUGGUUCUGGAAAUGAAGUAUAUUGUCCAUCUGGUGAAAGAUGUCCAUUAGCAAAUUCAAAUAUACCAUGGGCAUUCAUGCAAGGUGAAAUUGCAACCAUAUUAGGGGAAGAGGUUAAAGUUAAAAAAGAACGAGAAUCUUAAUGACUUUUUUAUUCAAAAAAGUUAGGAAAAUAUUUAAAAUAUGCAAAUGUUAAAUGAUUUAUAAAAUAAAAGCAAACAUUAAAAAAAUUAACACAACAAAAAUUUAGAUAAGAAAACAACAAUCACUUAAAAAACAAAAUGAAUUUGUCACGGAUUUCAUUUUUGUGUCAAAUUGGACUUUGUAAUUCAAUAAAAGGAGAAAAUCAAGCAAAAACUAAGAGUAGAAAAGUGGACGAUAGCAAAAAAAAAAUGGAUAAUUUAAAAUCUUUUGAAAAAUUUAUGUAGAUACAAAAUAAUUAUAAUAUUCAGAAGAAUUUUUUUUUUGUUUUUAUUUUAAAAAUUAAUUACUUACUACUAUGUUUGUCGGAUAUUUUAAGUACAGAGAUAUUUUGUUUAAAUUUUGUUAUCUUAUUAUAAAAAAUGAUUAACAAAAAUUUAAAGUAUGUAGUAUGGAGCUUGCUUGAAACUUUAAACAAAGACACCAAAAAAACAAAAAAAAAAAUUAAUAAAUAAAAUUGAAAUUUUAAAGAAGAAAACAAAAGAUAUUGCAAUUUUAAAAAAUAAAAACACAAAGAAAAUUUAAAAAAAAAAAAACUUUGAAACAAAUUACUAGUUUUUUACUAGUAGUUUAAGAAUUUUUGUUUUUGAAAAUUAAACAAAU